AUGUGCUCCCACGCCAGCGCGCCCGAGCUCAAUGACGUGGCCGUCCACCCGCUCGACCCUCUCACCGCUGCGGAAGUGCAGAGCAUGAAGCAGAUCGUCGGCGAGGCUGGCUACGCCGGCCCCAACUUCCGCUACUCGUAUGUGAUGCUGCGCGAGCCUGACCACAAGACGCUCGACGGCUGGAAGGCCGGCGAGGACGUCCCUCGUGAGAUCGGCGUGCUGGUGCUGGACAAGACGACGAACGUGGCGCGCGAAAUGGUCGUGAACGUGCCGGCCCAUAAGGUCAUUCACAACCGCCAGCUCAACCCGGCCACCGACGGCUGGGGGCCGAUUCUUGAUGAAGACUUCGUUUUGGCGGGAACCAUCACCAUGGCUGACCCGGGCUACGUUGCCGCUCUGGCCAAGCGCGGCAUCACCGACCUCAGCAUUGUUCGUCACCUCCCGCUGUCGACUGGAGUGUUCGGCUACGAGGAAGAAGUCGGUCGCCGGAUGAUCCGCGUGCUGAGCUUCCUGGCGAGUGAGAACACGCACUCCAUGUUCGCCCACCCGAUCGACGGCGUCGUCGCUCACGUCGACCUCACCAACCAGCGCGUGCUCCGCCUCGUUGACACGGGCUAUGACCACGUACCGAUGGAGUCGGGCGACUACCUCUCCCCGGAGCUGUCCGGCCCCAUGCGCACGGACAUGAAGCCGCUCCGCAUCACGCAGCCCGAGGGCGCGAGCUUCACGGUCGAGAACCACGUGCUCAAGUGGCAGAACUGGGAGGUGCGCAUCGGCUUCAACGGCCGCGAGGGCCUCACGCUGCACGACGUUUCGUUCUCCGACCGCGGCACCAAGCGGCCGAUCCUCAACCGCGCGGCCAUCUCGGAGAUGGUGGUGCCCUACGGCGAGCCGCAGCCCACGCACGAGUGGCAGAACUACUUCGACGCGGGCGAGUACCAGUUCGGGCGGCUGGCCAACUGCCUCGUGCUCGGCUGCGACUGCCUGGGCAAGAUCCAGUACCUGGACGCCACGGUGGCCAACGCCUUCGGCGAGCCCAUGCUGCUCAAGAACGCCAUCUGCAUCCACGAGGAGGACUUCGGCACGCUCUGGAAGCACACGGACUUCGUCACGAACAAGGGCACGGUGCGUCGGCAGCGCCGGCUGGUCAUCUCCUUCUUCGUGACGGUGGGCAACUACGACUACGGCUUCUACUGGUACUUCUACCUGGACGGCAAGAUCGAGCUCGAGUGCAAGGCAUCGUCUUCUCGUCGGGCCGGCCCGAGGGCGAGUGCGGGCAGAAGACGAACGGAAGGUAGGAGACUGAGGUUGCCUUGGCAGAAUGCCGUGGCGGGAACAACCAAGGCGGCGGAGCUGGUUGUGCUCCAGCUGGAGAAUGCGGAAUCGCAGCGGUUUCUGUGCUGGCGAGCUUCGCCUGCGACCGCGGAGCACUGCUUGGUGGCGCUGGUACCGCUGGUACCUCACAGCCUCGGCGCGCCGUGCCACCAGCACCUGUUCGCCGCCCGCCUGGACGUGGCCAUCGACGGCAACAAGUGCCACGUCGACGAGCUCGAGGUGCAGCGCCUGCCGAUCAGCCCCGAGAACCCCGUGGGCAACGCCUUCAAGCGGGUGGCCACGCGUCUGGAGCGCGAGAGCGACGCCCAGCGCGAGGCCGACAACAAGCUGGGCCGGGCCUGGCUGAUCGCCUCGAGCGAGAAGCUGAACCGCUUGGGCCGGCCCACGGGCUACGUGCUGUACCCCGAGGGCGCUCCGCUGCUGCUGGCGGCGGACGACAGCUCCAUCAACAAGCGCGCGCAGUACGCCAUCAAGCACCUGUGGGUCACGCAGUACGCGCGCGACGAGAUGUGGGCCGCCGGCUACACGCCCAACCAGCACCCGGGCUACUCGGGUCUGCCGGCGUACGCCAAGGCCAACCGGUCGGUGGACGGCGAGGACAUCGUGGUCUGGCACACGUUCGGCCUCACGCACUUCCCUCGCGUCGAGGACUGGCCGGUCAUGCCCGUGGACUACGCCGGCUUCAGCUUCCGCCCCGACGGCUUCUUCGACCGCAACCCGACGCUGGACGUGCCCGAGGACCCGAACGGAAAGGAGUUCUCGGAGAACUGUGAGUGCGCGUGUCCGUAG